UUGCACUUAUAGUAAUUUCAGCAUUUCCUUAUUCAAUAUUGAUUUUUUUUUAAAAAAAAUUGUUGGGUUGUACAAUUGAUGUCUUGCACAACAGUACAACCCCAACAGAAAAUAUUGCAAUAACCCUAACGCAAAGCUCUAAUGGCCGUUAUGGAAGCGAAACCAGUAGCUGUGAACGAAGGCGAAGACAAAGAGAAAGAGGAAGAGGAAGAGGAAGAGGAAGAAGAGCUUUGGUCAUCAGACUCGGAAGUCGGAGACGCGUUGGAUUGGUUGGAUUCGAAGGAUGACAACGAAGCUAUGGAGGGGAGUUUCGCACCCAACUCGAGGCGUCCCAACGCUCAUGGAGGGCUGCACUCUCGCCCAAAUACGUCGACGCUUCAACCGCUCUCAAAUCGGAACCAGAGGUUCGCCAAUCACAUUCGAGCUUCGCCUUUGGAGGAGUGGGAGGGGAGGUUGAAUAUAAGCAUGUCAAACUCUGUGACGACUGCUAUUCGUGAAAGUGUUCGAGAGAUGGCCAUUGGUAAAACUAGAACUACUGAGAAAGCAGACCGGGCGACCGUUGAGCAGGCCAUUGAUCCAAGAACUCGCAUGGUUUUAUUUAAGAUGCUGAAUCGAGGUGUAUUUCAUGAUAUUAAUGGCUGUAUUUCAACUGGAAAAGAAGCAAAUGUUUAUCAUGCAACCAGAUCUGAUGGUCAGGAACUGGCAAUCAAAGUCUAUAAAACUUCUGUUCUGGUAUUUAAGGACAGAGAUCGUUAUGUGCAAGGUGACUACCGUUUCAGAUAUGGAUACUGCAGGCAUAAUCCCAGGAAAAUGGUGAAAACAUGGGCCGAGAAAGAGAUGAGGAACCUUAUGAGGCUAAAGGCAGCGGGAAUUAGGUGCCCUGCUCCAAUUCUUUUGAGACUUCAUGUUUUGGUCAUGGAACUCAUAGGGAAAGCAGGUUGGGCCGCACCUCGACUUAAGGAUGCUGCCUUAUCUCUUGACCGGUUACGUGAAGGUUAUGUGGAGAUGAUUAUUACAAUGCGGACAUUAUAUCAGAAGUGCAAACUAGUGCAUGGAGACCUUAGCGAAUAUAAUGUACUUUAUUUUGAGGGUCACUUGUAUAUUAUAGAUGUCUCUCAGUCAGUUGAUCUUGAUCACCCUCAUGCCCUUGAUUUCCUACGUGAAGAUUGUCUUCAUAUUUCUGAUUUCUUUAGAAAGCAUGGUGUAGCUGUUAUGACAAUUCGUGAACUCUUUGAUUUUAUAGUAGAUCCUUCUAUUGCUGAUGAGGCUGUGGACAGUUAUCUGGAAGAGGUUCAACAAAAAAUUUUGGCUAGAGGAGACAUCUCUGUGGAGGAUGAAAUUGCAGAUUCUGUGUUUGUGCAGUCAUUCAUCCCAAAGACGCUAGAACAUGUGAAGAAUGCUGAGGAGGAUGUGCAACGGAUAACCAGUGGGCAGGACACUGGAGAUAUGUAUUACCAGACUAUCACAGGACUCAAGAACGCUCUUUCAAGAGGUCAGCGGUCUCCAGCUGAACAGGCAGCAGACCCUUCUGAAGGGUCAUCUAUUAAUCCAGCUGGUCAUCCUAAUCCCUCCGAGAAUAUUAGAGUCUCUCAAGCAGUUGAAGACGAAGAGAGCUCAAGUGAUUCCGAAGCGAGUUUCUCGUCUCGAUCUGAAGCAGAGACUCCUGAGGAUAAAAAAGCUGCUAGAAAAGAGAACAAAAAGAAAGUCAAGGAGGAGAAGCGGGAGGCUCGCAAGAAUAAAGUGCCCAAGGCUUUGAAGAAAAGAAAGAAGAAGUUGGCCAAAGCGCAGAAGACUAGAUAGCUGCUUGUAGUGCAACUAUAAAGCCAAGUUUAUUUUUUAGAUAAAUUUUGCAACCAUUUUUAGUCAAGGCGAAAGAAACAAUUUUGGCACCGAGUGUGAUCAUGUAGUUUUUUCUUCCA